AACAUCUGCCUUUUUCGCCUUCCGUGGGACGCCUGCUUGAGAAAGAGACAAUGUUGUCCCUCUCGGUGGGGGCCCUGGCCUGGUUGGUCUUCUUGCAAACCUUCUCCACAGCUCUGGAUCCGACCCUGGAGGGAACAUGGCAAGCCUGGAAGGCCACUCACAAUAAAAAAUACGCCUUGCAGGACGAAGAAUCUUUUCGAAGAGCCGUGUGGGAGAAGAAUUUGCAAAUGAUCCAAGACCAUAACAGCCAGGCUGACCUGGGGAAAUACGCCUACUGGCUUGGCAUGAACCAUUUUGGUGAUUUGACUAAUGAAGAGAUUAACGAGAGGCUGGAUUGCUUGCUUCCUGACAUGGAUCUUGCUACUCGAAAGAACGUAGUCACGUUCAAAUCCUCCAAAAACCCGCAGAUUCCCACUGAGGUGGACUGGCGAGCCAAAGGUGCGGUGACCGAGGUCAAAGAUCAGGGUGAUUGCGGCUCUUGCUGGUCCUUCAGUGCCACUGGUGCUCUGGAAGGCAUGCAUUUCAAGAAGACAGGGAAGCUGGUCUCGCUGAGCGAACAAAAUCUGAUCGACUGUUCAGAGGGACAAGGGAACCAUGGGUGCAAUGGUGGACUUAUGUCCCAAGCUUUUGAAUACGUGCAGAAUGCAGGAGGCAUCAAUUCAGAGGAAAAGUACCCAUAUGAUGGACAGGACUAUUAUAGGUGUCGUUAUGAAGCGGAGAAUUCUAUCACGAAGUGUUCCGCAACGGGGACCAUCCUGGCAGGAGAUGAAAAGGCCCUCUUGGAGGCGGUGGCUACGGUUGGCCCAAUUACUGUCGGAGUGGAUGCUCGGAGCUCCCAGUUUCGCUUUUACAAGUCGGGUAUCUUUAAAAAUCCCUGGGUUGGAGACCCACGCAUAACUCAUGCCAUGCUAGUGGUUGGUUAUAACAGCACCGAGCAUUGGAUUUUGAAGAAUAGUUGGUCUCAUGUUUGGGGACACGACGGAUACAUGCUCUUGGAACAAGGAUCAAAUCAAUUAGGCAUUGCCAACAUAGCUUGCUACCCCAUUCCCUAACCAGCCAAGUGGACCAUUUGAGCAAGCGGGACGAAAAAUUCCCCCAGGAAUAAUCUGCAGUUUCUGAAGCUUCUGGAGAACCAGAAUAUAUACGUACAUACAUACAUAUAUACGCUAAAAUCAAUAAACGCUU